CGAUCAUGAAAAAAUGACAGCACCCACACAAAAAAAAAAAAAAAGAAAAAAAAGCCAAACCACUGAUCCUCUGAAGAGGAGAAUGAAGAUAGUGACGUACAACGUGAACGGGCUCCGGCCGCGAGUCUCGCAGUUCGGCUCCCUUCGCAAGUUGCUCGAUUCUUUUGAUGCCGAUAUCAUCUGCUUUCAGGAGACGAAGUUGUCGCGGCAAGAAUUGAGGGCGGAUUUGGUGCAGGCCGAGGGAUACGAGUCAUUUUUCUCUUGCACUCGAACUUCUGAGAAGGGGCGAACAGGAUAUUCUGGUGUGGCAACAUUUUGCCGGGUAAAGUCUGCGUUUGCAAGCGAGGAAGUUGCUUUGCCAGUUUCUGCAGAAGAAGGUUUUACUGGUGUUUAUUCUAGGACCAGUGAAUAUCAGCCAAUAAAAGAAGGGCUGGGAGAUUUUUCCAUUGAUGAUCUGCUGAAAAUUGAUGGUGAAGGACGUUGUAUAAUAACCGACCACGAACAUUUUGUUCUUUUCAAUGUGUAUGGGCCUAGGGCUGAAUGUACUGAUGCAGAAAGGAUACAAUUUAAGUCCAAGUUUUUCAACGUCCUCCAGAAAAGGUGGGAGUCUCUUCUAGAUCAAGGAAGAAGGAUAUUUGUUGUUGGGGAUCUUAACAUUGCUCCUUCUGCAAUUGACCGUUGUGAUGCUGCUCCUGAUUUUGAGAAAAAUGACUUUCAUCCAUGCAGGUUUAGAACUUGGUUUAGAUCUUUGCUGGUUAGAAAUGGAGGUUCAUUCUGUGAUGUAUUCCGAGAAAACCAUCCAGAGAGGAGGGAUGCAUACACUUGUUGGCCAACAAAUUCUGGUGCAGAAGUUUUCAACUUCGGGUCACGUAUUGACCACAUUCUUUGUGCUGGUCCAUGUUUACAUAAAGAGGAAAAUCAAGGGCAUACCCUGUUGAAUUGCCACGUUAAAGAGUGUGACAUAUUAGAGCAGUUUAAACGUUGGAAACCUGGUAAUGCUCCUAGACAUAAAGACACUAAGGCAAGGCAUGUCAAAUUGGAGGGUUCAGAUCAUGCUCCUGUUUGUAUGAGCUUGACGGGGAUCCCCGAUAUUCAACAACACAACCCUCCUUCUCUGUCAACUCGGUAUUGUCUCCAGGUUUAUGGAUGUCAGCAGACACUAGUGUCCAUGCUUGCUAGAAGGCAAUCUGAUGAAGACGUCAAUUUUUCUGGAGAAUCCAAUUCGCACAAGGAAGAUGCUGGUGCUGUUCAAAGAUGCAUUCAGCUCCCCAAAAGACCCCUUGAAACUUCUAGUCCUUCAUCAGACUUACUUAGUCAGGGUGGCUUUUGCUCAUUGGAUGAAUGUUCUCAAGAGUAUAAAGACUCAUCUUCAGAUUCUCCUCACCAUGAAAUUGAUCACACUAAAUCCUUGUCUUUAGUAGUUUUCAAAAAGCAAGCAAGAGAAACACAGAUGACUCAGCUCUCGCUCAAAUCUUUUUUCCAGAAAAGAUCAGGCAUUAGUGGCAAUUCAAUGAACUUUCGUGCUGACAAGUCUACUCAGGCAGAUAUCUCCACUCCCGACUGCGAAUCAAAUGAAAUUCCAUCUGAAAGCGUUGAACAAAGUGCUACAAAUGAGUGUCAGUCUAAACAAAGUGCCUCAGGCCAGGAAGAGGAGAUACAUCAACCAUCAAGAAGAGAAAAGAAUGAUGUGGCAUUAGCUGAAUGGCAAAGGAUUCAGCAACAUAUGCAAACCAGCAUUCCACUCUGCAAGGGCCACAAAGAACCUUGUGUAUCUCGAGUAGUGAAGAAAUCUGGUCAGAAUUCAGGGCGCCGAUUUUAUGUCUGUGCGCGUGCUGAGGUAUUCUGGGACCUGCUUCCAAUCCUGAAGCGAACUGUGGUUUUUUCAAAUGGGCUUCCAUGGGUACAAAGAACAAAAGAUGAUUUUGAUGGGCAAUGAACCACAACGAUUUUGUAACAAUUCAAUUAUUGAGGUUGAAAAGUAAAGUCAUCUGAUGUAUAUCUAUCAGCUUUGUGAACUCUGCCAGUCGUAAGGAGGUAUCAAUUUCAUUUUAGCACUUCACUUCAGCAUUUUUUUGGGCUCGUCUGGUUAUCAAUGGUUUGACUCAAGUCUAUGAUUAGGAUUAUAUUGAUACUUUCUCCUCCGUGGCCAAGAUGUCAUCUUUGCUUGUUCAUUUCUUUUGUUACUAUUCGGGAUUGGCCUAUUUAUAGUUUUGAUAUUAAGAAUGAUUCCCUCCAUGGUAAUCUUCAAGAGGAUUUUGUUCCUCCAUAUUCU